AUGUGUGAACCAACUGAGGUGGGAGGACAUGCUCUUAUCUAUUCGGGAAUAGCACUGGAAGAAGUCAAGUAUGCUUCAAUAAGUUUGUCAUUUGUCAAUUCAAUAUUCAAUCCACUCUUCAUUUAUCUAAUAUUGAAUAUAUCACUACCUGGUCAAUUGCUUAGUUUGUUAAUUAUGCUGCAGAUAACAUUUGAAUGGCUUAAAUCACUUGGUGAAAUCAUACACUUCUUUUGUCCAGUGAUCAAACGCACACCAGAAUUGUGGUUCAAUAUCCUUAUAUGUCAUAUGUGGAGUAGUACAUUCAUCUACAGUCUACUUGGAUUAUUUUGUAAACAGAAUGUUGUUAGUAUGUUGAUUGAAAGAUGCUUUUAUACUCUGAUGCCACAAAGAGAUCUAAUAUAUUAUCCCAAGACAAUAAUUGCAUAUCAUGGAUUCACUCUACUCUAUUUACUAGCUAUUAAUAUGGGCAUCACCAUAAAUGUACACGUGACACCAGAUGGUUCGUGUGUACUAGAUAUUUAUGGAAUAAAUCCACAGUCACAAAAUGCUGAUUUCGCCUUCACUUUAUUGACAAUUAUCUUGACAAUAUUAUUACCUAUUCUCAUACAAUUGAUAUCCUUUAGUAUUAUAUUUUGGAGAGCAUAUAAGCAUCAGAAUAAUCGUAGAUUGAUCAAUUCACCAAGUGAACAUAUUCACAACAGUCGACAAAAUAAUAUCACAAUCAUGAUUAUCAUUUGGUCUUUGAUGUCAAUGGUGUUGAAUUGUCUUGAUUUAUUCAAGACACUUCUCUUACUCCAUCAAGGUUAUUCCUAUCUGACACGUUUAAUGAUCAUCGUGAAUGAUUUUCUACGAUCAGUAGAAAUGUUGUGUCAUUUGUUUACACUAGUAACUUGUGUAGAAUUCAUAAAAGCUAAAUUCCUUGCUAUCACCUCAUAUUUGUUUCGGCGAAAUUAG